AUGGCUUCAAUUAAUCCAAAGUCAAUUGGCAUUUUCGAGUCCGUUGCCACGAACCGCUGGUCGGCGGGACUGGAGAAGGUUGCGCGAACGCUGAUUGACGGUGCGGCCAAGGUUGGGCAUGCCUGGCCGGCCCUUGAGGAACAGCGCAAGCAGGAAGUGGUUCAAGAAAUACGUCGCGCCCGGGGCACUUUGCAGGUCCAGUACCUUUCAGACUCUCGACUCAAGUCAACCCUUCAGAGCAUCAAGACUGAAGUCAAGACCUCUCCCGGGCGACCUAAAGCGGUUGACUAUGUGCCCUCAGUAUUUGCCAUAGUCGACGAGUGUAUCCGGCGAAGGCUUGGCGCCUGGCGUUUAUUUGACGACCCUCCCAGGCAGGCUAUCUUCGGUGACUGUUUCAAAGUCGCGAACGGCGAAACAGGCGCCUCAAAGCUGGACGCAGAAGAAAUCGCCAUAGUCCAGGCCAUCAAAUUGGCGCAGUCGGUCUCCCCGGGGCGCUAUGGGUUGGACUUACAGUUUCCCGCCUCCUUCUAUCGAGCAGUGGAAGUCAAAGACGCCGAGAGUGAUUACCGUUACCGCCCUACGGAUGAACAACUCCUUGCCGGCGUCCGACUCCUUGAAGGCAAGGUUGUGGAAAUGCAGGCUGGGGAAGGCAAGACGGUGGCCAUUGCCUUUUCCGCAGUUAUGUACGCUGUGUUGGGACGUUCAGUUCAUAUCCUGACUGCCAACGACUACCUGGCCGAGCGUGAUUGCCGGCUCUUGGCUGAGGUUUACCACGCUUUGGGUUUCUCGGUAGAAGCCAUCCUUGAUCCCAUGGACGAUUUUGAAAGGAAGGCGGCUUAUAAGUGUGACAUUGUGUACGGUACCCUGCGCCAGUUUGGUUUCGACUAUCUUCGUGACAAUCUGGCUCGUGGGAAACAAGAAGUGAUCCAACCGCUCCUUCAGGUGGCCAUCGUCGAUGAAGUCGACCAGGCUUUAAUUGAUGAAGCUGACACCCCUCUUAUCAUUGCGGGGGUUCCCUUAGGUAAAUCCCAGCCAUUACACAGGGUCAACCGGGCAGUAGCCGGAAUGGUGGCCAGGCAGGAAGAUCUAGCCGGCGAAUACCUCACCACACUGAGGGACACAGACCCGUCGCACGCUAGUUAUGCGACUCUGAUCUGCCUGGGUUUGCUGGCCAGUCCUCGCAACGAGCAACUGCGAAGGUUGGCUCUCAUUAACCCGCGUACCUAUCGCCGAGGAAUGGAAGACUUGUACCCCAAUGGCAACGACUCACCAGAUGAGUCCAUAACUGGUGACCUGUAUUACAUAGUUGACCCGCAGGAGGGUUUGGUAACCCUGACCGAGAAAGGUAUGGCAUUCCUGGAAGGUCAGUUGGGGGACUUCAACGUUGCUGCCUCGAGGAAUGAGGUAAAUGCCAGUCUGGAGGGUCAGCUCUCCCGCAGAGCAAUGCGCAGGCUUGACUUGGCUAACCAGGUCUAUCAAUCCCUUCGAGCGCACUUGAUCCUGGAGCAAGACGUGGACUACGUGGUCGCUGACGGCUCAGUUUUCCUCCUGGACAAGUACACCGGCAGACUUAAGCCGGACAAUUCCUACCAGGACGGACUGCAGCCCGCGCUUCAGGCAAAAGAGGGGGUCGCGGUAGAACCUGAUCACGAGAGCUUGGCCCAGAUUUCGGUGCAAGGCUUUGUUACUCGCUACCAAUCGUUGGCCGGAAUAACCGGAACAGCAUCCAAUGCCUCCGAAGAGUUUUGGCGGUGGUAUUCCUUGAAGGUCGUGUCCGUACCAACCACACAUCCUUCAAAACGUUCAGAUUUGCCAACCCGCAUAUUUUUGGCUGAGGAAGAUAGAACCGCCGCCAUAGUGGCUGAAGUUGUGUCAUGCAACCUACUAGGUCGGCCGGUGUUGGCGGGAGUACAAACAGUCGAGCAAUCCUGGAAGCUUAGCCAAGUGCUGCAAAGCGCCGGCAUACCACACAAGGUGUUAAACGCCGUCAAUAGUUUCGAAGAGGCUGAGAUAGUCCGCGAUGCCGGCAAUUACGGAGCCGUUACCGUGGCGACCAAUAUGGCUGGCCGCGGAACGGACGUAGUCCUGGCUACUGACUUGGACCGGGACGUGCUCCGUCAAUCCGUCUCCCUGGUCCGUAAUCGACUGGCCGGCGAUUGUCCCCAUGUCAGGAUUCGGUGCAAUUCCAGGACGGAGGCGCAACUGCUUCGAGAAACUCUGUUGGCCCAACCAGGAUUGCGGGUUGGGGACGAGUCCAAACAAGGGUGUUAUUCCCUGUUAGUCUCUCUUGAAAAUGCCCCCAGCAAUCCGGACAAAGAUAUUGGGUCCAUUCCAACUCUGGACUUUGGCUUAGGACUGCACGUUGUAAGUUCCGAAUUUAAUCAAUUCCCGCGGGUUGCGCUUCAAUUGAAAGGAAGAAGCGGACGGCAAGGAAAUUUUGGUUCCUCCAGAGCGCUGCUGUCCUGGGACGACAAGUCUUUGUUGUCAUUGGGAAGGAGAGGUCCAAACCUGGCCCGGUGCCGCAGGGUCGAUGAUGGCAGCCGAACGUACUUUGAAGGCAACGAGGUUGAGCGGUUCAUUAGGAAUCGGCAAAUUGAAGCGGAAACCGAGGCGGCCCAUCGCCGCAGCGUUCUUGGCGACUACUCUGCAGUGGUUGAUGAACACUGCGCUGCCUAUUACGAAAUGCGCCGCCAAUUAUUGAACAAGGUCAACCCGGCAGAGAACCUGCCGCUCUCCGUUGCUGACACUGCCCGGCAUUUGGUUGAGUCGCACUUCCCAAGGAUGGACUUGAUCAACUAUGCGAACCAGUUUACUAAUCUGGCCGAAGAUGCCCGCCAUAUGUUUGAAAUCGACCUUUCCAGCCUCAGGGGGGUUGCUUUAGACGAAGUUCCCCACAAGCUGGCGGAGCACCUGUUGGAAUCGUUGGAAGUCCGUCGGGCCCAUAUUGGUAAAGAGAGAUUCAAUGAACUGGCACGCCAAUUGCUGCUGGAAUGCGGAGACGAGGCAUGGCUGCAGCAUAGGAAAAUCCUGAGACGGUCAGUUUUCAGUUCCGUGGCAGCCAGCAUCGGACACAAGUCGGCAGUUGCGGAUUACAUAAUUCAUGCCGCGGAACAGUGGGAACGGUUUCAGGAAACGGUGAGUGAUCUAUUUAUUUCAAGAACAUUGACCUUUCCCCUUCCGGCCAUUGCUCCGGCAUCCGAGGAUAUUGGCGAGGACCCUCAGUUAAGCCGGGAAAUUGGCCAACUUGUAGCAUGA